AUGGAGCUCAAGACUGUUCUAAUUCUCACUGCGAUCUAUAUUGCUAUUCGCCUCUUCUUCAAGUCCCGCAAGUCAAGUCCCGCAGCCACGAUGUCUCACGGAAAGGUCACCGAGAUUGACAACCAAGUCAUCUUCAAAGCCCUCACCUCCUCCGGCCCCGUCGUCGUCGACUUCUUCGCAACCUGGUGUGGACCCUGCAAGGCCGUCGCUCCCGUUGUCGGCAAGCUCAGCGAACAGCACCAGAACGUUCGCUUCAUCCAGGUCGAUGUGGACAAGCUGCAGGGUGUUGCGCGCGAGCUGGGCGUGAACGCUAUGCCCACCUUUGUGCUGUUCAACAAUGGCAAGGAGGUCAACCGUGUUGUUGGUGGCGAUAUGAAGAAACUUGAGGCCCAGAUCAAGGCGAUCUCCGCAUAG